AAAAAAAGAACAAUUAUAAAAAACAACAAACAAACAAAAUCUUGCCUAUCAUGGAAGUUAAAGAGAAAAACCUUAGCCAUCAAUAAAAAUCAACUCUCUUCCCGUCUUAACAAAAAUCAAAAACAUUAAUAAUUGCGAAUAAAAAUUCAAAACCAACACAAAAUAAAAACCAAAAUGACAGCAAUGCCUGUUGUUUGGUGCACUGACCCUAAUUCAGUGAACAAUAAGCCAACAGCAUUUGCUCUACAUGGCAUCCAAUUACAAGGUAAUGUCACAGAGAAACAAGUUCUUGCCUUGCGAGAAUUGGUAAAUGCCGCCGCCGAAGGUCGCCUUAUAUUGCCCUCCGAUGGAACAUUUGUCCUGCUCGAUAGUGGUAUCAGUAUUGAAAGUUCAAUUGUUAAAUCAGCCACACAAAGUGCCAAAUCUGAGGAUGCCGAUGCAAAUGACAAAGAGAAUAUUGACUCUCAUCAUCAUGGUGCGGAACAUCAUCAGUCACAGAAAUCCGUUCUGCCACUUAAACAACCAAAUAAAAAUACCUACAUCCUAAUGCCGGUGACAUCGAGUUCGAGUAAUAACGUCGAUCAGUCAGUUCCGCCACCAUUGCCGCCAGCAGGCAGCAAAUUGUCUGCAAAGCCUCCCGAUCUAGAGCCGAAAUACUCGUCGGAUGGCUGUGAUAAUGGCAUGGAAACCACCAGCACAGAUGACAUCCUCUACGAGUUCCUCUGUUGUGCCAAAUGUAUGAAUGAUAAUUACUCCCGUUGCCCCACGAAUUCAUUGAGUUCAUCGACAAAAAUGAACUCGGCGAUAAUGCUCCAGCGAUAUCUGAAGACGUGUUCGAGGUCGUGCAAAGCUGAUCAAGAACACGAUCCCAUCUACACGAUUGCCAACAAAUACAGCAAGCAGCGUCAGAAACGCCACCUGAACAUUGCCGUGGCUCGAAAUAAGCAAAAAUUCGGAAAGAGCAGCCAACUGAAGUUUCAUAUUCAUAACGGCAAGGUCUUGCAUCAUCAGCACCACAGCGCUGGACUACAAAACGCACUCAAAAUGGAAUUCCCAAUUUAUGCAACCGUCAAUAAGCAGCAAUGCAAAUCCGAACAGCUGCAAGCUAUAGUUGAAAGUCCAUGUCAAAGAUGCAGCCAAAGUGAUAUCGAUAGAAUCUUCACCAUCCAAGAAGAUGCCACGAUCAGCAACGAUGCCCAGCAACCAAUCUGUGAUAGCAAUGAGACUGUUAAUCCAAGUAAUGUACAACAACCCGACUUGAUUAUCUUCGACGACGACGACGCGGUGCAAGCUCCGAUUGCCGAAGAGGAACAUAUCCUGUCGGAGAGCAUCAGCCGGCUGGUGACCAUCGAUGAGGAGGAGAAACCCGCUGACAAUAAUAGCAAUGGCUCAAGUCGAAAGACCAGCUUUGACUCAACCUGCACGAUCAGUUCUAUGGACUCUGGGUUCAUUGAGAUGCAGAACCGGAUGGAUCAAAAGCAGAUGCAUCCUCCUCUGUCGAGCGUUUUCGAUGGACGUCUGAUGAAUAAAGACACCCAGGGCGCCGCUGUUGAGAAUCCAGAAGAAAAAGGCGAAAAGAUCGCUCGACUGAACUACAAAGAAUGCCUUACACAGUCCCGGAACCGUCGGAAGUCCUAUGAAGAAUUUAAGGCCAUCUUCUCGAGUGCCACAACAUCACCGCCGACCAUUAGUUCAUUAGCAAGAGAAACAACAGACAAAUUGGAAAAGCCAGCUUCACGUCGACGAUCAUAUCAAGAAUUUCGAUCGAUGUUUGCCCCCGAUUUUGCUCCCCUCAGCGCGGGAGCAUCCUCGUCCAGCAAUCAUCAUCUGGAAUCGAUUCUCGAACAAAGUAAAUGUCCACUCGCAGCAGGCUCAAGUUCAGAUAAGGAAAAUGAACGUGCCACUAACCUGGAAGUCCAUUCACCAUCGAUGACGACGACAGCGAUGGCGACGGCUACGGCUCCGGCUAAGGCAACUUCCACAUCCGCCACCGCAUCCAUGGAAAAGAGAAAUGCAAAAUUAUUGUCUAAAGAAACCGAAACCACAAUUCUGCGUAAGAAUUCCGAUUUCCUUUCGAAAAUUCUCGAUCAUAAUUUGAUAUCGAACGAGAAGGAAAAGGCACGCAUUCGACGAAAGUCCUAUGAAGAAUUCAAAAAACUCGUCAGGGAAUGUGAGACCUUUGAUGCCACCGCCAAUGCUACAUCUACGUCAACAACAACCGCCACAACAGAAUCUGCAACAGCAGCGGCAGCAGCGGCAACAGCAUCGUCUCCAUUCAAAAGGCAAAAUUCCCGUCAAAGAAAAACCGCAUCGUUCCUCAUGCGAAGAAAUCCAUCCAAGGAAAUCGAACGCACAACAGAUGUUCAUAAUCUGAAAGCGAUCAUCUCCAAAUUAGACUCGGACAUUGAAGCGGCAGGAAAAGUUCUCUCAAAAUCUGAGUCAUAUAAACGAAACUUCAAAAUCUACGAUAAACUAGUUUAUGGCACCAUUUACGAUAUAAUCCAGCGUAAGAAUGACAUUUACAAUUUGACAUAUCAAAAAUAUGACAAGUACAUGACAUAUGGAACGAUUUAUGAGAUUCUUCACCGUAAGACAUCACAAUCAGACUUAUUUGAUCGUAAAAGUCUAUCGGCAAUAUCAGAGAAGGGAGAGAAGAAUAAAAGCGAUAAAAAAUCACCAACAAUGAUUUACGAUAUCAUUCAAAGGCAUCAAAAGCAACAGCAACAAUUGCAACAACAAGAGGAGGGCAAUAGCCCAUCGAAUACAAUUGGAUCAGUGCCAAGUGUCAAAAAGUACGGAACCAUUUACGAUAUUGUGAGGGAAGGUGGCGAGUCAAUCGAGAAACCAUCGAAACUGACAAAAAAUCGAUUCUCUGUGAGCAAGAUUGAUGAAUCGGGAGCCAAUUUGGAUAUAAGUGUAACUGACGGUCCCUCCACAAUUCUUACACCUCCGAAACGCGCAGACGAUGAAGUCGAACCAAAAGUGCUUAAGGCCAAGAAACCCACAAAAAUGCGUCGGUUUUCAAACAUUCUUAGCUACAAGUCAUCUGCUCCAUCUUCUGCACAGGUUGCAUCGGCAUCUGUAAAAACCCAAGCCAUCGAAGAAGCAAUGACCGUAGAGGCUGCAAAAAUCGAUUCCAUUCAAGAGGAACCCAAGACUGAAACACUUUCAUGUGAAGAUCUGCUCGCUCUAGACACUGACGAGCUAUACUCACGAAUCAAUAAAGAUAGAUUUGAUCUCUCGCGAAGUGGUCACAUGAUCAAAUCCAGCUCACUCGAUGCCAUUUCGACAUCGGCGGCGGCCCUUUCACCACCAUGCUCUCCCAAAAUCCCUGCCAAACAUCAUCUAAAGUUACUAAACCAGCAUCAGAAGCGGUUAUCCAAGAAACUGUCAAUCGAUAACAGUGAAAUAAGCCCGAUUCAUAGACAGCGACAUUACACCCAACAAAACUAUUGCAAGGGACACGUGCCCUGCCUUCUAAAUGACAAACACUGCGCUGACCCAGAGCAACAACUUUCUGUUGACAGCACAUUGACAGUUAAUGCCAACAUUUUGCCACCAUUAGUCGCCAACGCCACCGCUGCUGGUGGUGGUAAUGUAGUGGUUCCAUUAACAUCAUCAUCAAAGCAAUUUGAAAGUGAUUGUGAUUGUUCAAUUGUUAAGACGUCAAAUUCACUGACAGUUGUUCCGUCGAAUGCGUCGUCGAUGAUGUUGGGAAAUAGUGCAACCACUCAAACCCCCCAACAGCACCCGAUUUUAGUCAGUGUACAUCACCACCAUCACCAUCAUCAUAGCCGAAGCAAUAGCAUCGAUAGCAAUUGCAAUUCUAUGACUGUUAACAAUGGCGGCGGCAGCAGCAACGGUAAUGUCUUAAUCGAUAGCAAAACCGAUAAAAAAUACAAACAAAGCUCAUUUUUGGCAAUCGACUCGUUGGCGGGCGGCCCUGCUGGUUGCAGCAGCAGCAGUAAUAACAUUGGUGGAGGUGUUGCCGGGCAUUCUGGAACAGGAACAUCGCCCUGCUCAUGUCAAUGCACUAUUAAUGCCACAACUAGCAGCACUAAUCCACCAAAGAGUGGUGGCAGAUUAACGAAAAAAGGCAAAUCGCGAAGACUUUCGGAAUUUACGAGAGGUGAAUUUUUAAAUGAAAAAUCAUGGUAUUUCCGAAAAAUAAAACGCAUCGAGGCUGAAAAGAAAUUGCUCUUACCCGAAAAUGAACAUGGAGCAUUUUUGAUCAGAGAUUCAGAGAGCCGACAUAAUGACUAUUCGUUAUCAGUACGAGAUGGUGACACAGUAAAACAUUACCGCAUCAGACAAUUAGACGAAGGCGGUUUCUUUAUUGCACGACGAACAACGUUCAGGACUCUUCAAGAACUUGUCGAACAUUACUCAAAGGAUUCCGAUGGAUUGUGUGUCAAUCUAUGCAAACCAUGUGUUCAGAUUGAAAAACCAGUCACUGAAGGCUUAUCUCAUAGAACCCGCGAUCAAUGGGAAAUCGAUAGAACCUCCUUGAAAUUCGUUCGCAAACUUGGCUCUGGCCAAUUUGGUGAGGUAUGGGAAGGUUUGUGGAACAACACCACACCGGUGGCUAUCAAGACUUUAAAAUCUGGUACAAUGGACCCUAAAGACUUUUUGGCUGAAGCUCAAAUUAUGAAGAAAUUACGUCAUAAUAAAUUGAUUCAACUGUAUGCUGUAUGUACAGUAGAGGAGCCAAUUUACAUUAUAACCGAACUUAUGAAGCAUGGAUCUCUAUUGGAUUAUUUGCAAGGCAAAGGACGAACCUUAAAGAUGCCAACUCUUAUAGAUAUGGCAGCACAAAUAGCAGCCGGUAUGGCAUAUUUGGAAUCACAAAAUUAUAUUCAUCGUGAUUUGGCUGCACGUAAUGUGUUAGUGGGUGAUAAUAAUAUUGUGAAGAUUGCUGAUUUCGGUUUGGCGCGGCUAAUUAAAGAAGACGAAUAUGAAGCUCGUGUUGGUGCCCGUUUCCCAAUCAAAUGGACUGCCCCAGAAGCCGCCAAUUAUAGUAAAUUCUCAAUUAAAUCUGACGUGUGGAGUUUUGGCAUUUUACUAACUGAAUUAGUUACUUAUGGACGUAUUCCAUAUCCAGGUAUGACAAAUGCUGAAGUAUUAACUCAAGUCGAGCAUGGCUAUCGUAUGCCAGUUCCACCAAAUUGUGAAUCACGUUUAUAUGAGAUUAUGCUCGAAUGCUGGCACAAAGAUCCAAUGCGUCGGCCUACUUUCGAGACAUUACAAUGGAAAUUGGAAGAUUUCUAUACAUUGGAUCAAAGUGAUUACAAAGAAGCUCAGGCUUACUGAUAAAUGCUUUAAAUUGCAAUUUUAAUUUAAACAAAAACAGAAAAUUAAAAAAAAAAACAAUAGUAUACAAUUGUACACAAAAAAAAAGAAGAAGAAAACAGAAGAAAAAGUUAUUCUAUAUAUAUAUACAAUGCAUAUAUUUUUUUUGUUCAUACAAAAAUAAUAUAUUUAUUUUCUCUUAAAUAAUUUCUUCUCCGCGCGAUUCCGUAGUAAGACGAACACACAACCAACAAAAACAAUAAAAAAAAAGAUAAGUGUAUUUAAAAAAAAAAAACAAAAAUUCUAGUAAAUGUAUUUAUCACAAAUUAUUUAAACAAAAAUCUAAUAGCACAGACCACCCACGACAUAAAAUAAUUACAUUAUAUAGAUUUAUUUAUUGCAAUAGACUUUUUAAAUUUCCAAUAUUUACUAAAUAAUACAAAAUCAAAAAACAGAAAUAAAUUAAGAUAAAAGAGAACAAAAAUUAAACGAAUUAUAAGCUAUUAACAAAAAAGAACUCUUUAUUUAUAAAAUUGUUUAAUUUAGAGCCAAAAAAAAUCUCUUUUUUAUAAAUAUACAUAUAUACCUACUUAAGUAUGUAGAAAAGGUACUGUUAGUCAAUUAUUAUUUGUUUCUUCCAUUUUAAAUAUAAUUUUCAUUUUUCUACAAGGCAAGGCAAUAAUUAUACUAUACAAAAAAAUGAAAAAAACUAAGUUAAAAGAAAAAAAAAUAAUGUAACUUACUUACGGAAGCUGGUUUAAAUAUUUAUUUUUAUAUUUGAUUUCAUAAUAAAUGUUGUAUAUUCUUCCGCGCGAAUUUGAAAUUUUGUUGGUUUUGCACAAAUGACAAUACUUUCUGUUCAUUAAAUCAAAAAGAAACAAAACUAUAAUUUAUUUAAAAGAAAAAAAAACUAGAAACGAACCUACACGAAAUGUCUUCAGAUUAUUUUUGUUUUGUUUUUAUAAUACAACUAUUUUGAUUUUGUUUUUUAACAAAGAAAAGAAAAGCUUUUGAACACACAGAUACACACGCACGAAUGUAUAAAACAGUAUUAAGUUUAUAAUCAAAUCAAAAACAAACAAAAAAAACUAAAUUUUAUAAACUAUGUAAAUGUGACUUUAUGUGUAAUUAAUUCUGAACAAUUCCAGCGUAAGAGCUGCUUUAAAUUUAAGAUUUUAAAAAGCCAAAAAACUGACACCUUCUUUAACACACACAAAAAAAGCACUCCACUGCCAUUCAGUUUGCUUAAGUUGCUUUUCAAACAAAAAGGUUUCAAACAUGAAGGAUAUUUUGUAUUGUUUUUAUUAGUGUAAAGA